GGGACUGGGGACUGCCCUGUUGAAACGUCUGCUUCCGCUGCCAGCCGCUCAGACCAUGGGAGGUCCCCGCCUCAGCAUCCAACAUGCACUGUGUGCCUUGCUGACUCUGUUGGAAGAUGGACUCCAGAACACCAGGGCCUCGGCCACCAUGGACUGUGCCUCGUGGUGCCCUCCACACUCCACAUGUGUCAACGCCACUGCCUGUCGCUGCCAUCCAGGAUUCGCCUCUUUUUCUGGGGAGGUCAUCACCAGCAUCUUGGAUACUUGUGAUGACAUCAACGAAUGUGGACCACCCUCGACAGUGUCCUGUGGAAAAUUCGCAGACUGCCAGAAUACGGAGGGGAGCUACUACUGCACAUGCAACCCAGGAUACGAGCUUGUUUCUGGGGCAACAAAGUUCAGUAAUGAGAGUGAGAACACGUGCCAAGACAUAGACGAAUGUCAGCUGAACCCCGGGAUCUGUAAAAGCCGCCGCAUCUGUGUCAACACCCAGGGCAGCUACACCUGCAAGUGCCCCCCCGGGUUUGAGCUCAACCGGGAGGACCCAAAGCUGUGCAAAGAUGUGAAUGAAUGUACCUCGGGGCAAAACCCCUGCCACAAAUCCACCCACUGCCUCAACAUCGUGGGCAGCUAUAAGUGCCGCUGCCGCCCUGGCUGGAAGCCGAUUCCUGGGUCCCCCAACGGCCCAAACACCACCAUCUGUGAAGAUGUGAAUGAAUGUACCUCGGGGCAAAACCCCUGCCACUAUUCUACCCACUGCCUCAACAUCCUGGGCAGCUAUGAAUGCCGCUGCCGCCCUGGCUGGAAGCCUGUUCCUGGGUCCCCCAAUGGCUCAAACAACACCGUCUGUGAAGCAGAGAUCUUCCCCACCUGGACCCUGGACCCUGGAAUCAAGAGCCAGAGUCUCUCCCACUUCUCUGAAAGAGUCCAGGGUCUGGAGAGAGACUUCAAGUCUGCCUUGGCCCAGGACACCAUCCAGAAACUUAUCACGUCAUUGGAUAAGCUACUGGAAGGCCCCGGGGACGUGGAGAACCUGGCCCUGCCUGCCCGGCAUCGCUUGGCCACCCACCUGCUGUCAUACCUUGAAGAAGUCUUGAGGACCCUGGCCAAGAACAUGCCUGGAGACUCCUUCACCUACCAUUCCCCUUCGAACACAGAGCUGUCCCUGGUGAUCCAGGAGCAAGGGAAUGGAACCAUCACCAUGGGCCGGAGUCAUGCACGAAUGCUGCUGAACUGGGCUGAGGCAGCUGAAGUUGGGGACCCAGGCCGUGCCGUGGCAGGCAUACUCUCCAUCCCAAACAUGCAGAAAUUGCUGGUCAAUGCCUCCUUGGAGCUGGACUCUGAGAAGAAAGCCCAGCUGGAAGAGAUACAUGAAAGUCCUGUCAACGGUGCCCAGCUCACGCUCCUCUCUACUAUCAACACGGUCUUUCUGAGCAACAAGAACACAUCGAAACUAGACUUCCCUGUCACCUUCUACUUCUCCCACCUUAAUCAGACGCUCAAACCACGGCAGGAGCUAAUCUGUGCCUUCUGGAAGGGUGAUAACAGCAGUGGGUACUGGUCCACCACAGGCUGCCAGAAGCUGGGCAGCAGGGAUGGCAACACCAACUGCAAAUGCAACCACCUGAGCAGUUUUGCCAUCCUCAUGGCCCACUAUGACGUGGAGGACCCUAAGCUGGCCCUGAUCACCAAGGUGGGACUGUCGCUGUCGCUGGUCUGCCUGCUGCUGUGCAUCCUCACCUUCCUGCUAGUGCGGCCCAUCCAGGGCGCGCGCACCACCGUGCACCUGCAUCUCUGCAUAUGCCUCUUCCUAGGCUCUGCCAUAUUUCUGGCAGGCAUCGAGAACAACAACGACGGUCAGGUGGGGCUGCGCUGCCGCCUGGUGGCCGGACUGCUGCACUACUUCUUCCUGGCUGCUUUCUGCUGGAUGAGCCUCGAGGGCCUGGAGCUCUACUUCCUCGUGGUGCGUGUGUUCCAGGGCCAGGGCCUGCGCAAGCGCUGGCUCUACCUGAUCGGCUACGGCAUUCCCGGGCUCAUCGUGGCCAUCUCGGCGGCCUCCAGGAGCCAGGGCUACGGCCGCCCUCUCUACUGCUGGCUGACCUUGUCUUCCGGCUUUCUCUGGAGCUUCCUGGGACCUGUGACAUUCAUCAUUUUGUGCAAUGCUGUCAUCUUCGUGACAACUGUCUGGAAGCUCACUCAGAAGUUCUCUGAGAUCAACCCAGACAUGAAGAAAUUAAAGAAGGCCAGGGUGCUGACCAUCACGGCCAUUGCACAGCUCUUGGUGCUGGGCUGCACAUGGGUCUUCGGCCUGUUUCUCUUCAACCCGAGGAGCCAAGUGCUGACCUAUGCCUUCACCAUCCUCAACUGCUUGCAGGGCUUCUUCCUCUUCCUGCUGCACUGCCUGCUCAACAAGAAGGUGAGGGAGGAGUACCAGAAGUGGGCCUGCAUGGUCACUGGGAAUAAGUACUCGGAGUUCACCACAUCCACAUCCAGCUCCAGCCACAACCAGACUAGGGUCCUCAGGCCGUCAGAGUCUGGCAUGUGACCACAAGGUUCUGGCAGGCCACCAGCUCCUGUGGCCUUAGCACCUUUUGCACAUACUGAAGACUGUCCCCUCCUCUCCGACUGCCCUGCUCCCUCCACCUUCCUGCCUCCAGAGAAGGGGCAUCAACAGUUGUUCGCUGGCACCAAACCCAGGAACAGCCAGGGUGGAGUUGGACCUGAUUGACCUGCUUCUGGCUGCCUCUACUAAACCCCAGCUGGGACUCAGGGUGGGCAGGAGCUGGCCCAGGGCUGCAGCCUGUUGCCCUGGAAUACAACUUCCAGACAGACAGGGCUCCUGGCCUCCCAACUCUGUCUUUGCUACAAAACAAGAGGCCAGGGUGCUGGGGUUCAACUUCCUGUUAAGCUAAGACUGAGGUCAAGGAUGGGAGAAGGGCAGGGCCCCUGCUGGCCCUGCUACCUGUGGCUCACGGUACAGAGGCCAGUCUGCCUCCUGAGCAGAGGGUUCUCACUGUUUUAAAGAUGGUGGAUGUUGUGUAAUGUUUGUUUUUUUUAAAUCUGUAUAACUUUUCAGUGUUGACACUUAAAAUUAAAUCUCACACUGAUACAGAAGUUGGCUUUGCUGGCUGGGGGGGCGGUCCCUGACCAGGCCCACUGUGUCUGUGAAAUGCG